AUAAAUAUAAUUUAAUUUUUUGUUUCAUAAUUUAGGCUAGAAUAUGAAUAGCAAUACAGUAUUUAGGAAAACAAAAUUUAUACUCAGUCAAAUAUCCAUGCGGUCUUACAAAAUAUCCAUGCAGUCUUAUAAAAUGACUACAAAGUCAGGAGUAAUAGAUUUUCGUUCAGAUACAGUGACUCAACCAUCUCCUGAUAUGCGCCAAGCUAUGAUGAAAGCUGCUGUUGGUGAUGAUGUCUACAAAGAAGAUCCUACUGUUAAUGAGCUUGAGAUGUUUUGUGCAGAUUUAUUUGGUAUGGAGAAAGCUUUAUUUGUUCCUACCGGGACAAUGGGGAAUUUGCUUUGUUUGAUGGCUCAUGUUAAUGGUCGUGGAGAGGAAAUAAUAAUAGGAGCAAAACAGCAUCUUUAUUGUUAUGAACAAGGUAGUUUUAUGCAAUUGGGUUCGAUUCCUGCACGAGUGCUUCCAAAUGAAUGUAAUGGGACUAUUUCGUUGAAAGAUAUUGAGGAAAAUAUAACUGAUAAAAGUGAUUUUCAUUUUUGUGAGACAAAACUAAUUUGUUUAGAAAACACUCAUCUACUUUCGGGUGGAACACCCUUAUCGCUUGACUACUUAAAAAACGUAGCUGAUCUAAAGCUAAAGUAUAACUUAAAAGUGCAUGUUGAUGGUGCAAGGCUUUAUAAUGCUGCGGUAGCGCUAAAUGAGCCUGUUCAAUCUCUUCUUAAAAAUAUUGACUCUGUUUCUAUGUGUUUAUCAAAAGGCUUAGGAUGUCCAGUUGGUUCUGUAAUAGGAGGUACUGAAGAAUUUAUAAAAAGAGCUAUUCGUUUGCGUAAAUGUUUGGGUGGUGGUAUCAGACAAGGUGGAAUACUGGCUGCUGCAGGGUUAUUUGCUUUAAAAGACGCCCGUGAAAAGUUAAAAAUAGACCAUGUUAAUGCUCGACUUCUUGCUGAAGGAAUUUAUGAACUAAAACUACCAAGUGUUACAGUAGAUUUAACAAAGGUGCAAACCAAUAUUGUAUUUGUAAAAACACCUGAUGGUGCCGCUAAAGCAAUUGCUGAUGCUUUAAGUAAACACCUUAUUCUGUCUUCACCUUUUUCUUCGUCUAUUUUACGAUUUGUGACACAUUUAAAUAUUUGUCAAGAUGAUGUUUUCAGAUGUGUAAAAGCAUUUAAACAAGUUUUUAAAGAAAAUUGUUUGUUGUGAAAUUAA